UCGCUGGCUCCCCGGCGCUCCUUACCAGUGGCUUCUGCGGUCACAUGGGUUAUGUGCUGGAGUUUAAAAGAGCUUAUAGCCCCCGAGCCGGUGCAGAAGCAGCCGGUGGUUGCAUGGGGUAGAGCCGGGAGCGGCUGCGAGGAAAGCGCCAAAGUCCCAGAUCUGAGCAGCGAGGGUCAGUCAAGCAGCCAGAAGAAUCCUCCAGACGUUGAUGAGAAAUUGGGGACAACCCAAGGACUCUGGACCAGUGGAGAGAUGGCUAACCCUGUCCCAUCAGCCUGCUGCGUGGUGCUCGCCGCAGUGGUCGUGGUUUAUGCACAGAGACACAGCCAGCAGGACAGCCACAUCCAGUAUGAGCGGGUAGGUGCAGAUGUGACCAUGAAAUGUGGCUCCAUGGACUGGGAUGCAGCUGUGACCUGGACGGCCAAUGGUACUGACUUCGACGAGUCCCACCUGAAUGGGUCCUACCUGAUCCUGAAGAAUGUCAACCUGACACAGAGUGGCCAGUACUCCUGCUACGAAGGCUCCUCCUGGCACCUGAAAUACCAGACCUACCUGAGGGUUGGAACCCCCCCAAAGGAGCCACUGCUGAUGUGCCGGUCCAACAACUACCCAAAGGGUUUCUACUGCAGCUGGCACCUGUCCACUCCUACCUACAUCCCCAACUCAUUCAACAUCUCUGUCAUACAUGGCACGAGGGAGAUGGUCUGCGAGAAGGAUGUGUUCCUCAAAAACAGGUGUCACAUCAGAUACCUCCAGCUCUUCUCAACGGUGAAGUACAAGGUGACUCUGACAGUCACGAAUGCUCUGGGCAAAAACUCCACCACUCUCACCUUUGAUGAGUUCGCCAUAGUAAAACCAGACCCUCCGGAGAGUGUGGUGGCCAAACCUGUGCCCAAUAAUCCUCGGAGGCUUGAGGUGUCAUGGCAAAACCCUUCAUCGUGGCCGGAUCCUGAGUCUUUCCCACUCAAGUUCUUCCUGCGGUAUCGGCCCCUCAUCCUGGACCAGUGGCAACACGUUGAGCUGUCGGAUGGGACAUCACACACCAUCACAGAUGCCUAUGCUGGCAAGGAGUACAUCAUCCAGGUGGCAGCCAAGGACAAUGACAUUGGCACGUGGAGUGACUGGAGUGUGGCUGUCCAUGCCACUCCUUGGACAGAGGAGCCCAAACACCUCACCACGGAGGCUCAGAUCACAGAGACAACAAGCGCUAGCACCUCCUCUUUCAUGCCACCCCCCACCACCAAGAUCUGUGACAAGGGGGCCGUGGUGGGCAGUGGAGCCGUGGCAGUUAGUUGGACAGCUGGACUGGUCUUGGCUGCCUAUGGUGUCCUCUUUAUUUAAUCCCCAUCCGUCUGUUCGUCACAGCCCAGCGCCGACACCUUCCCACCGCCGCCACCUUCUCCCCUUUGCCCCCGCAGCCCCGACUCCACCAUCCCCCUCUCCCAGGCUGAGUCUCCUAUCUCUUGGAUUUUGCACACGUUGAGGAUGUAUCACGCUUCUCCCCAUCGCUUCAGAGGAGGACAGAGCCACCGCCGUCCCAUGGGAGCUGGGAAAUCCUCUCCCAGCCCAGAGCGAGGAGACGUACUUGUGUCGUCCCCCCCUCCCCACACACCCACGCACCCACACACACCCAUCCCCUUCCCCUUCCUUCUCCAGCAAGGCGAAGAAAGCCCGGACACUGCGCUGCAGCUGAGGACCCUGCUCAUACAGCUUAACCCCCCCCCAUGCCAAAGAAGUGCCCGCCCGCCCCAUCCUGUCAGGGAGCAUGACGGCGCACCGACAAAGGGGAUAGGAAAAUGGGGGGUGGUGGGGGUGGUGAGGGGAAUGGUGUGCCCAGCUGUAUAGCCCCCCCUUUCAGCAGAGGGGGGUCCCCCGAGGACUGGACUUGUUCCCACCAAGCUUUUUUUUGAGCGUGUGGAGAUGAUGGAGGGGUAGCAUGGGGUGGGGGGUGUGUGUGUGUGUGUCUUGGGGCCCCUCUAAGGGGAGCGGUGGAGGAAAGAACUGGUGGAUUUUGUAGGUGUGGUGAGGAGCAGGGAGCUGGCAGGGUUUUUAGUGGGGAAAAAUAGGAACAAAUGAUAGCACCGAUAAAGCCCCUGCCCCUAGCUGAGCCCUUGGGACAACUGCCCCUAUGGCUUUCCCCAUCCCCUCAGCACCUCUAAGGAGCCUUUGCCACCCCAACCCCAUCCCCAUGUCACCCCCAAACUUUUAACCAUGUUGGAUACAGGGAAUCGCCCCCAUUGACGUCUUUGUCUCAUUCUCCAGCAACAGCAGAAUAGCUCUGCUGUUGCCUUUAGAGCUGGAGUCCUGCAGUACUGUCCCCUGCUGUUGUCCCCUGCUGUCCCCUGCUGCUGUCCCCAUGCCUGCUCUGCUCUCCUCCCCUUCCUGCCCCAACCCCUGUUUUGUAAAGACACCUCAUCCAGCCCCUGUCCAGACCCAAGCGCAGUAUUUAAUACCUUAUGUCCUAGUAUUCCAACUGUUGACAUGCUGUAUUUGAAUUUUUUAUAGAUGUAUAUAUAUAAAAAAAAUGAAACAAAAAAAAAGGAAAAAAAAAAAAAAAAAAAAAGAAAAAACAGAACAACAAUUAAUAGAGGGGAUAAAAACAAGCUCACAUAGAGACAAUGCACACACGCGCACACACACCAGGAGAGACCGUCUUCAUUAAAUGAUCAUUUCUGACAUGAAC